AUGUCGACUUCAGGCCCUUCCUCAGGUAUGGGGAGUUCAAGCAGCAAAUCGGAGUCUGAGUACAACGUUACCAAUACCGAACAAGAUCGAGAGGUCCUUCAAAGCGUCCAGAAUCUUCGCAUCCUUUGCAAGCAAUUUCACACGCACUGUCGCAACCCUCUCUGCAACAGAACGCUUCCCAUCCACGACGACCCAGAUCGCAUCGACGACUGGCGCGCUGGCGCUCGGUCUAUCCCGCCAACAACCCACCUCUCUGCCUGGACCUGUAGGUGCAAAGCGACGACGUGUGUUGGAUGCAACUUUCUCCCCACCUUGAACGCCCGAAGCUUCUUCACUCCUCUCGGUGUUGUCAAUCAUUGCUGCGACCUAGGUCGACUCUAUACCAUUUACUUCCUGUUGUGCCGAUUUGAUGACAGUCAGCGACAACCGGAGAAGGAGGCUCCAGAGAAGUCAAAGGCGAAGAAGAAAUCACCAACCAAGGGUACCAAGGCUGCUUCGAUCUCUGGCGUCGGGUAUGCUUCUGGCUACGAUCCUGUAGCAUAUGGUGGCUCAUGGGGGCCCAUAUCGGUCGACGAGAUCGAUGAUAUUGAUGGUUUCCCUCCUGACUUCGCAUCAUACGCUUCAGUCGUUCAUGCUCACUACAGUACGAUAAGCACGGGACCUCUACCCACAACGGAUGAGGACGAAAAGAAGGAGCAGGAUGCUUUGAUGAUCGAAACCCUUCAGUUGCUUAGUCCUUGCUUGCCAGAUGCCUCUUACCCUGCCUUAAUGGAAACCAACCUCUUCCAUCUCAGCAUCCUCUUCGAUCGUAUCACUGAUUUGAUCCGCAACGAUGCGAUCGCCGACGUCAUCGAGCGCGCAAACCUUUACGUUGAAGUCCUCUCAUUCGUAAAGCUCAUUGCAAACAUUCCUAAUCUAAGUGGUUUACUAUUCGAGGAACGCCCAGAGAAGAGUCGAAGUCCAGGUCUUCGAGCACUUGCAAAUCCAAUAAUUCAGGAUUCGUCGAUUCCGGUGAUCUCCUCCUCGUCUAGAUCUGCGUCGGUUUUUGCGAGCAGCAAGAACAUCUACGAUCAAGUCAAGAUGUAUCUGAAGAUGGCCGCAAAGAAAACUCUGACUGGUGGCUCCGCACAAACUCCAGUCAAUCCAGUGAAGAAGGAAAUUAUGAAGCUAUGUGAAGGGAUUCUCGAGCUCCACGAAAAUCUAAAGACAAAGGCAGAUGUAGCGGAACAAGCUCGGGUUAAAAUGUUCGGCAAUGUUAAUGCAGGUUUCAGUAUAGGGGCCGAGACAGCCUGGGGGAAAUAUCAAGAGGAGAACAGAGUUACAUUUACCGACGAAGUAUUGGUUGCUCAUCGCUUCACCUCAGAUAUCAACGCUUUCAAGUCGUCGGGUGCAAAGAACAGGCUAAACACGAUCAGCAAGGAGGUGGCAACUCUUACCACUUCUUUGCCUCCUGGCAUUUUUCUCAAGGUUGCCGAAUCUCGAUCCGAUGUUAUGAAGGUCUUGAUUGUUGGCUCGGGAGGAUCUCCGUAUGCCGGAGGGUUGUUCACAUUUGAUAUCUUUCUUCCACCCGACUAUCCUAUUGUUCCGCCUAAGAUGGCAUUUGUUCUUGAUGGUAAUGAUACAGACACGUACUCCUUCAAUCCUAAUUUGCACGUUGGAGGCAGUGUCUGUCUGUCUAUUCUCAAUACCUGGUCCGGAAUGCCGCAAGAGAUGUGGCAGCCAAAUAAGAGCACUAUCCUGGCCGUCCUUGUCAGUGUUCAAGCCAUGAUUCUUGGUGCCCCUUACCCCUGGCAUAAUGAGCCUGGUCAUGAGAAUGAAGGUGAAAGUCCCCAGGUCAAAGAGAAUAAGAUGGUUGUGCAAACCAAGACUCUCAGAUAUGCGAUGAUUGCUUGGGUCGAGAACACCUUCCAGGACCCCAAGGCGAAGGAGCAUGUCUGGGCAGAUAUAUCAAAGACAUAUUGGAAGUACAACGGAAAGAAUGUCUUGGCUGAGGUUGAUACUUGGGUACCUGACAAUCCUCGUCUCCUCAAUUUCUCGCCAAAUCUUCCAUAUCCAUUAGGUCCAAAGAAAGGAAGAGGAAAAUCUGUACCAAAUACACAGAUCCAAGGGGUCAAUCUUCUCAAUAAGCUCGCAGUCGUGUUGGGUCUCGAUCCUCCAUACCCCGAUGUUGAACCCGAAGAUAAGAAGAAAAAGGGGCUUCUAAGCAAACUCAUGAAGGGCAAGCGCAAGGUUAGUGAGUCAGACUUGAACCUUGCGCAUCAUCUCAAGAAGCAAAAAUCGGAAAGCAACCACAGCGGAAGCUUCGAACAAAAGUGGAUCUAUACUGGAACCCACAACCAGAAGGAGUCGAGAGCUGCUUGCAAGGAAUUUGGCAUCGGUUCUGCCUCGUCCAUCAAGGAGACUAUCAAGAAGCUCGAGAAACAUGUUAAUGAGAAGGGCAAAGCUAACCCGGCACUUAUGGAGAAGUGGGGAAAGUCGAUCUACGUGGAAGAACCAGAUCUUGAAGCAAGCAGUGCUGGUUCAUCCUUCCCUGGCGAAGAGUCCACUGGUCUCAGUGACAGUGAAUACUGA